UGCAUUUAAAUUCCUUUCUCAAUGGCUCUGCUCUCGAGAGAGAGACGCUAUAUAGUGUACUGGAGUUAACAAUGGGUAAACCACUGAAGAGAAAUAAACAACACAACCGAAGUUGGAAAGGUUGGGAAGGCUAUGUAAAACGACCAAACACCGAUAAACAGAAGGCAGCUCCAAACACGUUUAUAGAAUAUACUGACUUGAUACUGUUGGUGCCAUUCAGAAGUAUGGGAUGGUUUGCCCUUUUGAAGUGGUGGCCAUUUGGAGAUUACAUUGCUUCAGGUUUACCUCCGCUAGCAGUGAUAACAUUGUUGUUAUGGGGAGGUUUGGAAAUCUUUGCAAUUUGGAAACGAUUGUCAUUUAAAAGGCGAAAGCAAGUACCACUUGACCACGGAUCCGCUACCCGAUUUGCUCGAAUAUAAACCCGACUCCAGUAGUUGAUUCCACGUGACUGGUUUUACCAUUGACUUCCAAAAAUGUUGAAAUGAAUAGUAUAGAAGACGAAAUGGCAAAACGGAAACGAAAGUUUGAAAAUAUGCUUGAAGGAAAGGAUGACCAAAUUGACGAAGGCCAAAUGAGGUUAAAGACUAUGGAAAGACAGGUGCCUUUCAAGAGGAUCUUAUACAGAAAGAUAACGACAUAAGCGAGCUACAGAAGGAGAACAAUAAACUCAUUUCAAAACUAAAGCGAACUGAACAAAAUCUGCGCGACACAAAUAAGGAGCUAGAUGACGUUCGAGUCAGGGAAAGCGACGCUGACACAAACACAAAACAAAGAGACAACCAGAUUAAACAACUACAGAUGGAAAAAGGAAAACUUGAUUCAAUACUCAAGCAAACUGAACGAGAGAAAAGUUACCUUUAUAACGAUAUCCUAACAUUAAGAAAACAGCUUCACGACACUGAGGAGAGACUGAUUGAAGUUCGAGAGCAGAUUAGGGAAGCGGAAUCAGAAAAAAAAAAUCAGAAGGUCGGAUGAGAUGGUGUCGGUAACUUCUUAUGACGAAAAUCCUGACAUCGUCCACCUCAGCGACGAAUACAGACCUACGAAGCUGGCGGAUAUAGUCAGUGAGCUUUAUGACGGCGAGAGAACAGUCGCUUACACGGUCAUGGAAGACAAAAACUUUCCAGAUCGACACAUGAUAGACUUUCUACUUGACGUUAUCAUGGAAUCUUACGUUUUCUGCAAAAACGAGGUUGACAACAGCUGGAAUGUCGUCUCAAAAUGGUUUCUAGACGACUGUCAAAUGCAGCAAAUGCGAAAUGCGCUCAAAUAUGGAAGAAAAGGGAUUGUUUUGAAGCUGCUUCCGAAAAUUGAACAGAAAAACACGUCAUACAUGAAAGGUAUUUGUCGACAUGAGUCUCUUAAAGAGCUGCUUUCAAACGAAGACAUCAGAAAAUACAUGGUUCUUUGCUUAAAGCUCACUUUGCUGAUGAAUGCAAACGAUCCGCCUGUUCAUCUUGAGUGUUCUGGAUGGAAACCGAUCAGAGACCGGCAAGAGGAACAAGAGGAUUUAUUGCAGAGCGCAAAAUCCGCCGUUGAUGCAAACAACCUUAAACCAGCAACAUCGCCGACAAAUGAAGACAGUGAGACACAUAAAGAACACAUUUUCGAGAAAAACUUUGAAGAACACACUGAAACGAACAGAGAAGAGCUUGAAAAAUCUAAGUACAAAGAGUACACUUUCAGAGAAAGACAUACUGUUAUCCAUGUUUGGCCAGUCAUGUAUCUGCACAAAGGUGGUCCCAUUCUGAGAAAAGGAAUUGCUCAACGCGUAAAGGACAGUAAGGCUGAGCCAAGCGAUAAACCGUGGGCUUGGUGGAAAUAAAGUAAAUGCAUAUGACAAGAUUUUGAAUGUCAUUGCCCUUGUUUUUAGGCUUAAGAUAAUUAUCACUAUUUGGUAUCAUGCCUAUCAAAACAAAAAUUAAUAUACAAUACAAUAUUUUGAAAAUAAACAGAAUGGAAGUGUGUGUAUGCUAUUGGUUAUGCCCUUAUUUUGUCGAAACAAAAAUGAUUGUCAAAAUAUAGAAGGCAGAAAACAUGGUGUCCUUAUCUUAACCCAAAUAUUUUCUUCUCUAGUUCCCAAAUAUUAUUUAUCCGUACAUUGCAUAUUUUCCUUUACGAUAUUAAAAGAAAAACCCUAAAACAUGCAUGCAUGUGUGUGCUCGUCAGGAAGUAUAUACUUAUUUCAUGUUUUAUACACACUCUUUUCCAUGAUAUACAAAAUUUAAAAAAAACAUUUAAAAAUU